AUGGCCUACUGGCAUGACCGCCUUGCGACCGGCGCGCCUCCCUCCAUGUUGGCCAUAGUCGGCCUGCUGCUGGCUGUCCUCCUCCGCCUUACCUCUGCCCUCCAGUCGGUCGCCGGGUCGCCGUGCCAAUCUGUCUGCGCCAAUGCCGGCUCCCUCGAACAAGACGUCCUCUGCCUCGAUGCCGAUUACCAGGCCCUGCCCUCGGGGCGGGCUUUCCAGACUUGCGUGGCAUGCCAGUUGAACAGCACGGCGGUGGACACGGCGAACAAUGAGACGGACGUUGCAUGGGCAUUGUUGGCCCUCCGUUACACACUUGCGGGGUGCAUGUUUGCCAUCCCCGAAGACCACAUCUCCAUCAGCAGUCCAUGUCAAGUCAGCUGCGCGUCGCUGAACGCCUCGAUCGGAUACCGCAUUACGAACGACAGCUCGACGGUUCAGCCGGGCAACGCAUUCUGUACCGCCGACCCUUUCGAUGACUACACGAUCAACAAAUGUGCUACAUGUUAUAGCUUUAUCCCGCAGCAGUUGUACCAGGCAAACUUUCUCCAAGCCCUACACAUCGCCUGUCGCCAGCCGCCAGAACCAGGCAAACCGUUCUUUCCGGACGCCCAGGCCAUCUUCAACGAGACGCUAAUUGCCGGGCCGCCGCCGCCGUCGAGCAACACAGGCGGCCACGGUGGGCUUCAUGGGUGGAAACUGGCGCUGGCCAUCGUGCUGCCGGUCGUCGGUGGCAUCAUCCUCAUCUCGGGAAUGUGCUGGGGGUGUUUCAUGUUUACACGCAAACGUCGCCAGCGGAUGGCCCAGACGGGCCGCAUGAGUCGCGUGCACGACGCCAACGCCGACAGUAUGUACUCACCCAUGUCCGCCAAAGCCGAAGCCUGGAAAGCUGAGGACCUUCCUUGGGGCGUGGUUGAGCCGCCGCGAGAAAUGCAUGCCAUCAGCCCGACGCUGCUGCACGCAAAGCACCCGAGCCCCGGCGUCGCACAGGGCCGGUGGAGUCAUCAGACUGGUGGAACCGGAGGCUCGGAGCAGAACACGCCCCUAAGAAGCAGUUUUCAGCGCGACACUGUCGGGCCCGGUCCGGAGCAGGUUCGAGACCCCAAUCUCCAUGAUCAGUACUUUGGCGUUGGCGAUGAGGUGGACGACUUGCCCGGACCUAGUGGUGGACACGAGUAUUACCCUGAGCAUCAUCAGCAGCAUGGCCUCGGACAGCUCCGCAUGCCUGACGAUGAGCGGGGCAAUUUUAUCUGA